AAAUUUAUACAAUUUUUUCUUAUACAAUAAAAUGCAACAGGGCUUUGUUUAUGUAGUUUCAAAAAAAUAAAUUCAAAAUAGUGAUUUUUUUUUGACUUUUGGCCAGCUUUUUUGAAAAUUAGCCCACUGUGGAGCGCUUGCAUUGAAAAUGUCAACAUUGCAAAAUAAACAGUAAACAUUUGCUAAUGUCACGAGAGUCUUGAUUCUUGUUUUUACCACUAAGCACAGUGGUUAGUAAUGUCUUUUUAUGUCAAGUAACGUGUUGAAAAUAAAUAUCAUCGAAUUCUAAAUGGAAUUGUUAGCCGGAUUUUAAAACGUUAUAUGAUCCAAGUGAUUUAGGUUUCUACAAAAAAAUGGAAAAUGGUCUAUUUAGCAGCUCAGUUAAAACAGAAGUGUCUAGAAAUCAAUUGGCUUCUGAUGAAUUUAUUUCAAAAUGUUGUGGUGAAAUAAGCUAUAAUAUUGGAACUGAUUGGUUGCGAUGGGGAAGACACCUCGGUCUAAGUGAUUCAGAUCUUGAUAACAUUGGCUCUGAUAACAAAAAUUGUUAUGAAAAAGCUGAUAAUGUUUUUAAAAAAUGGAAGCAAAAAAAUGGAAAUCCUUCAUGGGAGCAAUUGAAAAAAGAAUUAAUGGCUUUUAAUCGAUUAGAUAUUGGGAUUAAAAUUGAAACAAAAUUUGGAGUGACUUCAAAUUGUCCAGAAAAAGUGAAAAAACAUUCUGCCAAGAAAAAAAAAGAAAAAAAGAGAAGAAAAAAAGAGACAUCAUUAACAGGUAUCAGUGUUUCUGACAAAAAAGAAUCUUCAAAUUUAAAAACAAAAUUCCUUUUGUUAGCAGUCUUGACUUUGGUUAUGAGUCUUCUUUUUAUAAAUAUCAGCUAUUCAUUUUUUUGGAAAUACUCAAUAUCAGAUUUGUCAAGGUCGUCUGCGGAAUUAAAAAAGUAUUAUUUAAAAUAUUAUUAGAAAAUUAAUGAACAUCAACUACUAAUAAAAUCAUCUGUAGAUGUUGAUCUAAAUCAUAAAUUUGUUGAUCUAUGUAUUGUUGAUGCAGUGAAUGCUCAAGUGGAACGCUCAAAGGCUGCUGUUUUAAGUGUUGAACGAAAGAAAUUCCUUGAAAAACAAAUGCAUU